AUGGGUGAUGAGAUUCCAGAUCACACAUGUUUCACUCCAAAUCCUCUUCGUUCCCUGACUGAAACCGAAAAACAAGCUUGGAUUGGUAGCUAUAGAGGAUAUGUAAACACUUCUUCAGACCUCGACACAACAUUUGGUAGAGUAGUUGAUACUGGUAGUGGUGGUGGUUUGAUCGCUGGAGUUAAAGGCGUAGUUCCUGAACACUAUGCAAAUAAGGUUUCUGCUGAGCGUCAGCAUUUGUCACUUGAUCCUGGAAAUCAUAAAGUUGGUGCAUUCUUUUGCAAUUCAACACAUUUGGAUAAUCCAUCAUCGUAUAUUCCUUCAAUUAUACUGGCAAAAGGAGCAUAUAUAAAACCUGAAAAACAAACUCAAACAGUAAGCUUUGGAGAAACAGUAACAAUAAACAUGAAUUUGAUCAAUGGUACUGUGAUGGAUUUACGAUGGAGGCUGAAUGGAAUGAUAAUGGAGAGUUGGUCGGGAAAGGUUAACGUUACAAUAGAGGAUGUUACAAAGGCUGAUGCUGGAAUCUAUGAAUGUUAUUUAAAUGACAGAAGAAAUGAAGUAAAACAUGCUAUAAUGAGGCUCAUUGUACGAGAUUGCUCAGCUGCUCGUUGGGGACCAAACUGUCAGAACUUGUGUCCUACGUGCUACAAUGGGGGAGUGUGUGAUGAUGUCACCGGAUUAUGUAUUUGUCCUCCAGGAUUCAAUACAACUGACUGUAGUUUUGGAUGUGGAAACAACAACUGGGGAAGAAAGUGCUUAAUUGUUUGUAGCACUAACAAUCCUGGUUGUCGUGGUAAUUUGGCAUGUGUUCCAGAUCCGUUAGGAUGUUCUUGUAUGGCUGGCUAUGGUAGUCUUAACUGCAAACAAACAUGUGAUGGAAUGGGGAAAUAUGGGUCAACAUGCAGCGAGGAAUGCCAUUGUGCAAAUGGUGUGACAUGCGAUGCAAGUAUUGGAUGUCCAGAUGGACCAUGUGCAGAUGGAUAUUCCGGGAAAAACUGUCAAGCUUUCAACUGUUUAUAA